AUGUGGAGCUGUAUAACGGACUUCUUCACCUACGAGACGACAAAGUCUGUUGUGGUCAAGAGCUGGACCAUCGGCAUCAUCAACCGAGUUGUUCAGCUGCUCAUCAUCUCUUACUUUAUUGGCUGGGUGUUUUUGUAUGAAAAGGCCUAUCAGGAGAGAGACACCGCUAUAGAAUCAUCAGUCAUGACUAAAGUAAAAGGAUUUGGCAAGCAUCAUAACAAGACCAUGGAUGUAGCGGACUACGUCACUCCUACACAGGGGGCUUCAGUGUUCUGUAUCAUUACCAAACUCAUCACCACUGAGAACCAGGUCCAGGGCAAAUGUCCUGAGAGUGAGACGAAGUUUAAAUGUGAGCAUAAUGAUAACUGCACAAAAUUAAUGACAAGGCCGGGUUCAAAUGGUUUGCUGACUGGACAGUGUGUGGAAUUCAAUAGUACUCUCAAAACAUGCCAGAUCAAAGGCUGGUGCCCAGCAGAGAUAGAUGAUGUCCUGAUUAAACCAAUGAUGGAGGUGGAGAAUUUCACAAUAUUUAUCAAAAACAGCAUCCGCUUUCCCCGCUUCAACUUCACAAAAGGAAACUUCCUGCCCACCAUCAACAGUAGCUAUAUAAAGAAGUGCAAUUUUGACUUUGAGAAGAAUUCCUACUGCCCUAUAUUCAAAGUGGGAGAUGUUGUCCGCUUAGCCCACCAGAACUUCACCACGCUCGCUGAAAAAGGUGGAGUGAUAGGCAUAAAAAUAGCCUGGGUGUGUGAUUUGGAUAAAUCAGUGGAAGAAUGCAAGCCUGCAUAUUCUUUCACUCGUCUGGACGCCAUGUCUGAGAAAAACAGCGUGUCACCGGGAUACAACUUCAGGUUUGCCAAGUAUUUUAAGGCGGAGAAUGGGACUGAGUACCGCACUCUGCUGAAGGCUUACGCUAUCAGAUUCGAUGUGAUGGUCAACGGAGAUGUAGGAAAAUUUAAUAUGAUCCCAACUCUGAUCAAUAUGGUGGCCGCUUUUACUUCUGUGGGAGUGGGGGCAGUUCUUUGUGAUAUAAUCCUUCUGAAUUUCCUGAAAGGAGCUGACCAGUACAAGGCAAAGAAAUUCGAAGAGGUCUCAGAUGCCCAUAUUGAAAGAACUGGCUCCUCUAUCAGCUCAAUGUAUCGGACACGGGAUCACAGUCAGUUGUCAAUCAGACCUGAGGACAAGUUCUCUAAUGACUCGGGGGCCUUUUCCAUUGGCCAGUAUGGUUAACAGCAACUGUUUUGUAUUAUUUGAACAUAUGCUCAACUGUGUUUAAGUCAUCUCAAUACGUCUCAAUACCAAAAUAUUCUGUAAAUAUCUGUAAGGUAUCAGAAUCUAGCACUGAGUUAGAUAUAUUGACAUAUUUCUGCACCAGAUGUAAUAUUUGCAUGGUCAUUUUUAGGCCUACAGCAAUAGAAGAUGAAAGAAAGCAGCUUUGUAAUUAGAAGCACAUCUGCAUGUUUACAUUUAUACAGUUCUCUAUAGUUUAUCUUUUUUCUUCUUCUUUACAGCGGGGUCCAAAAGUGUGAGACCACUAAUGAAAAUGCUUCUAUUUUGCGUUAUUUUCUAAUUUAGUGCUAGAUUUUUAAUUGCAAAUUAUUGCCAACAUAACAAUUUCAGUUUUUCUUUAGUUUUCUGUCCUCUUUGCUUUAAAGGCAGCUUGCACUCCACAGUUGUUGGGGAGGGGGGGGAGGUUGUGUGGAGAUUUCUGUAAUGUGUACAUCAGAUCCACCUGAGAGUCGUCUGAACAUGAGCUUCAAUCAGACAAAUUAGAUUAAAGAAACAGACUUGUCUGUACAGAUGCCUUAUCAUGAUCAAUGCCACAAAUUUGCUCUCAUUUGAAUAGUAGCCUACACUAAAAAGCUGCUUCAUCAAAGUUUUUAGUAAAGACAAUUGUUCUAGAAGUAUGUACCACUACCAACCUCAUCUCCUUCUUGCCCUCCUUCCCUUCUCUACCCCGCUAUUACCCUUUGGCCUCCUUUAAGGCCUGACUAUGUUUGUUCUAUGUACCUCAUUAUUUGGAUAAAAGCGUCUGCUAAAUGUAAUGUAAUGUAAACGUAUGUAGUAACUGUUCAUCUGCUGAAAUUGUUCUAUAUAUGUUCUUCUAGGGUUCUUCUAUUGUUACAUGCUUGAUAUUGUAACAGUAGAACUCUUUUUGGUGCUACUUAGAAACAUUUUCAAUUCAUUUCUCUGCAUAGAAUUAUAUACAACACAUUCUCCAUCAAUAUGAAGAAGGAAAAAAGAACCCUAUAAGCAGGUAAAUGAUUCCUUAAGUACUCAAGGUUCUAUAUAGAACCAUUGUCUUUACUAAAGAACCUUUUUUUAAAGUGUGGAGUGUAUCUUAAAUAUCUUAAACAUUUCUUCUUCUCUUUUAUAAUCAGAACUUUUCUUUGUUUUAAAAUUUUCAAAAUUCAAAAAUUUUCUGUUGUUUAGUUCUGGAUUUAAAUAAAGCAAGUAAUUCCACUUUUGGACCCCACUGUAUAUUUUCAGAUGUUUACGUAUUAGUAGAACCUCAAGUAAAAGUUUGAGCCGAGGGAGAGAAUGAACAAAUGAGCUGGGUAUAUCAGGUAGAUCAGUUUAACUAUAUGCAUUGAACUGAAAUCUCAAUGUUAUAUAAAACUGUAUAAAUUCAA